AUCUACAAUAACGCUAAAGCGAACCCUACAACCAUGAGCAGAAAAUGAAACAAUGGCGGCAAGUUAGCCGUGCUUUGCUUUUGUAGUCAAUAUCUACAUUGUUAUGCUUUGAGAUUUAGUCGAAGAUUGAAGUCUAUAUUAAACAUCUUGAGUGUCCAUUCACCACUCAGGAUACCAUCUCAACACAUCAGAAUGUUGGAUUCUGACGUCUCAAACCCUGCUUGAGUGCUUCACAAUAUUGAAGAUUGAGGUAUUUCAUCCAACUUACCUGGAUAAUUUGUAACCUCAAGUCACCACAAACACUAGGAUGAAGCUGCACCAGGGACCAGUGGACACAUGGUCCACGAGGGAGAAGCUCGCUCUGGCGUGUUCUGUCAUGAAGAGUGGGGACCAAAACUGGGUAUCAGUAAGCAGAGCUAUCAAGCCAUAUGUGGAAAGCCAGCGACCAUCUAACUGGUUCUCCCAGAAGAAUUGUGCCUUGCAGUACUCCGAUCUCCUAGAGAAGGUGGAAACACCCAAACGGAAACGAGGCGAUGGAGGAGAGACUGACACGCCUGCUGAUCAGAUAUUCAGGAAGCUGAUGACGGAGAGAAUUGAGGAACUACGUAAAAUAGCCUUGGGGGAACAACAGAGAUACAAAAAACUGAAGAAAGAUGUGGAAUGCAUAAAGUCUGGACAAUACGAUGAUCGGCUGACGGAGAUGUGGGAACAGAUGCAGGCAGAGAAGGCUGCUGAGGAGGCUGCAAGGGAGGCAGAGAAGAAAGCAAUGGAGGAUGCCAGGGUUCAGGCUCAAGCCCAGCAGUGCAAACGCGUGUUGGGUCCCAAACGUCCGUCUGUCACUUCACAGAGCAGUCUGUCAGAACAGGAAGACACGCAGGAAUCUUACCCAGAAUUCCCCUUGCUUGAGGUUCCGAAGAUUGGUGAUGAUGACACACCACUGCAUCUGUCCACAACACCAUUAGGGGUUUCGGCACAACAGCCUGAACCUCGCACCAAGGCUGUUCCACCUACCUCCCCACUUCUGUCAUCUCUACUGCAGAGUAAACUGAAGUCUGCCAACAGCUUGCAACAGCUGAAAAACGAAGCCGAGCAGGCCGAGGCUCUCACCCAGGCCCAGCAGGUACAGCAGCUGGCUCUACAGCUGCAGCAGUCAGCAGAAUCAGCUGUGAGUCAGGCUAGGGAAGCAGCUGUCAAUCAAGCCAGAGAAGCACAACAGCAGCUUCAACAGCAACAGCAACUGCAGCAGCAGCAAAUGAAAAUCGCAGCCAGUGCUGUGCAGAGUGUACCCCUCACAGAGUCCCUUCCAACGUCCCCAUCAUGUGCUGCCCCCACUCUGUCGAAGCUGUUGUUCACAAGGGCACAGCCGAAGCCAGUCUCUGAGACCACCUCGUCCUCCAUCACCACUGUCACCAGCACACCUGUCGUCACCGUGACCGAAGUACCUUCCCCUCUCGAUAUCCUGGAAGCUGGCGAACCCAAGUCCACAGAUCCACUAGAUCAAGUGUCAAUGUGGAUGUGGACGGCAGUCGAGGUCAGUUCCAAUGAUGGCGAUCCACAAGAAGGGUCAGCUGACCAGUCAUGUGACCCAUCUUGCGAUGGUGGGGAUGGCAAGGAUGAUGUUGCAGAGGAUGAAGGGACAGCUGAUGAGUUGACACAGGCGGAACUGACUCCGCUAACCCGACCGGAACAUAAGGGCGGUGGGAAGCAGGUGACUGCUAGUCAGCUGCAGGAAGACGAUGACUCCAGCGAGGUUGCAGGCAGCAGUUUUGUGUGUGUGGAUGAGGAAGUAUCCAUCAAGGAAGACCCAGCAUCACCAGCCAGCUCCGUGUCCUCCAAGGUCAGCGAGAGCGGUGGCAAGUCCUUCAAGCCGCGCCGGAGGAAAGGACGCGGAGGUCGAGGGGGUCAACGAGGGAGGCCUUCACGCAGAUCUGUGCAGGAUGAUGACAAGAAGGACGAUGCCAGUUCAAAACACAGUGAUGUUGAUCUGUCUGAUGAAGAGAUGCGAGAGAGUGAUGAUCCUGCACCUACCUGUGGCUCCAUCUUCUCAGAAUCCAUUCCAAACAGUCCUGCCUCCUUGUCCAUGUGUAGUGACACAGAGGAUGAGAAGGCCUUCAAGACAUGGAAGAAAUCAAUCAUGUUGGUGUGGCGAUCAGCGGCCAACCACAAAUAUGCCAAUGUGUUUCUGCACCCUGUCACCAAUGAAAUAGCUCCUGGCUACAAGGGAAUUGUGCACAGACCAAUGGACCUUGGUACCAUCAAGAAGAAUAUUGAAACAGGAGUGUUACGGACAACGCCAGAGUUCCAGCGAGAUAUGAUGUUGAUGUUUACGAACGCUAUCAUGUACAACAGCACCGAUCAGCCUGUUUUCAAGAUGGCCACCGAGAUGUACAAUGAUGUCAUGCAACACAUUGAGCAAUAUGUCAGCACCCAGUUGAUGGUUCAAAGCAAUGAGACGAAGAUGUUACGGCAGUCCAGACGUGGAGAGCUCCAGGAGAAGGAAGAGGAGGGAAAGAAAAGAAGAACUUCCUCAGAGCAGCCACCAGAAGGUGGCAAGACGAAGAAGCGCAAAACUCGGGCUGACGACACCUGAGCUUAUUGGCAGACAUUUUUGCAUGUCUGUUGUAUAAAAUAUUUCUGGUUAGCACGGAGUAAUCUCCCUUGAACACACUCAAACUAACCUUCACAUUGCCUAAACUGUUUUAUGCUGCAACAGGCCUUGACUAUUGUCAGUGAUGUGUGUAAGAAAUCUUGAUAUAUGCUUAUGUUGCAUCAUCAUUCACUGGAACGCAGCGUGUGUUGGUGUAGUGAAGAGCUGCCUGUACAGGUAUGUUGGUGUCCCCUGACCGUUGGUCAGUGUUGCAACAUGGUGUGUGUGUGUGUGUGUGUAUGGAUGUCCUGUUGUCAGUAUCAAGCUUCUGGUAGAGUAAAUGGCUGUAUGAAAAA